AGUCCACAAGAACAGCUCAACCAUGCCGGUCUUAUACAAGUGCAACGCCAGCGCCCCUUCACGAAUCGUCCUCAUGACUGUUGAGAUACUCGGCAUAGGGGACAAACUAGAAAUGAGGGACAUCAAUCCAAUGAAAGGAGAAAAUGUUACACCAGAAUUCUUGAAGAUAAAUCAUUUGCACACCGUUCCAGUCUUGGUAGACGAAGAUCUGAUUUUAACCGACAGUCAUGUUAUUGCGACCUAUUUGACCAUGAAGUACAAGACACCGAAAAGCGAGGAAUUGUACCCAACGGAUAUCAAGUUAAAACAUAAAGUUGAUCAGAUGUUAUAUUUGGAAAGUACGUUGAUGACACCUAAGAUUAUAGCAGUUAUGAACACAUUGAAGAAAGGUGAAGUUGCUCCAACAAAUGAACAAGUGUCUGCGUUAAAAGAGACAUAUGGAUUUCUCGAUAAAUAUUUGACAAAUUCACCCUUUUUAGCAUCAACUACUAUGACUUUAGCCGAUGUAGCCUGCGUAUCGCCGCUUGCUUCCUUAAAUUUGUUCGUCAGUUUUGAUGAAUUCGUUAAUUUGUCGAAAUGGUUCAAAUUAUUGGAGAAGGAAGAUUGGUUCCAGAAGAUUAACGUUCCCGGCGUCAAACUUUUCGGUGAAUAUUUGAAACAGUUUAAACUGAAAAGAGUUUAGAAUACAAGUCCUAUUUGUUUUUGUACCUAUAACAGGUUUUAUUGACACGUCAAAGAAAUAAAAUUAUAAGGUGAAAUAUUGAAAUAUAUUCCCGAUUUGUAUCUUUCAAUUACAUUUUUCUCUGUUAUACCAAUACCAAAAACCGCCAAAAAUUAUAUGA